AUGCCCGGCGCAUCUCAGAGGCAACCAGCCAAUCCAUUGUGCAACCGCUUCGCUUUCUGCGCUUAUCGGCACAACCGAGCACGCGGAGGAAGCGGAUGCUGCUCCUCUGUCGCUGUCGCCACUUUUUCGAACGUAUGGGGACACGCGGUCCUCCUCGAUUACACCGCGUCGAAGAUCCGUUUACCGAUCCGCCGGGUUAGUGGGCCAGAAGACGGUGGCGGUCCGCAUGCCUUCGCACCCCGUCGCGCGCGUGCUCAUUGCCCUCCCCUCGCCGCGCUGAUCGCGAACUCUUCGGGGAAGCCAAGUACCACACGCACGGAGCACGUCGUGCGCGGUCUCGAGGGGCGCGUUGCGAUCGUCCUGGACGGCGGGGCGGGCAGCCUGGGGGUGGGGAGCACUGUCGUCGACGGGCUGCAUCCGGACGGCGCGAUCCGUGUGCUGCAGCCGAGUGGUGUGACGGUCGAGGACCUGGAGCGCGUCAUUCGGGAGGAGCUGGGCGAGGAGGAGAGGGAGGCAGUGCCGCGGGUUCUGGUUCAUCGAUGCGAUUAUGCUGACGAGGUGAUCGAGAGCACGCCGACGACACCUGGGAUGAAGUACCUGCACUUCUUCGACCACCACUUCCUUCUGGCGGACAAGGACCCUCCUUCUCUACGCUCGCGCUUCAGAAUCAAAACCCGGGAGGCGGAUCUGCCAGAGACGCAGCGCGAGCUGGUCGUGAGCGAGAUCGCGCAGUUUCGAGAGCGGGCGGCGAAGAAGGAGCGGGAAAAGGUGAAGGAGCUGGAAAUACAGACGCGGAGCCAGAUUGCGGCUUCAGCCGCACCUGCUGCGCCGAAUCGGUGGGGCGGAGGCUCCAGUGGCGGCGCCGGCGGUGCGCAGGCUGGACAGAGAGGCUCGGACCCGGAACCAGGAAGCAGGGCGUUCGGAGGUGAUGCCCAAGGAUAUGGCAAACCCGUGGAGUUUGUCAAAGGGGCAAGCAGUGCCGGUACACCCACACAGACCGACGAACAGAUGGAGGCUGGGAGAAAGGAAGCAAGGAGAAAAGAGGAGGAGCUAUCAUCCAGAGAUCAAGACCGUCGAUACGAACCGCGAGAACGACAACGGCUGGCUGCACUGGAACGGGCAAUUACACGGGAUCGUGCGACCAAGUCAUCACACGCGCAAGUCAAAUCAGACAUGUUGAAGCCGCAGAAGGUACGAGACGACGCCACGGAUCGAGCAGACGAAGAGAGGGAGAAGUCUGAGCUUGAGCAGGCGAGCGAGAUGUUCUUGCAGCAGCAAAUGGAUGGUUUGCGACGCAGCGAGGAGGCAAGGAAGGCAGGAAUGUUGGUGGAUAGCGGUGGGCCGGUCAAGCUCAAUACGUCAUUCGCAGCAGCAGCCCCUACAACCAAGGCUGUGGCCUCAGGAGAUGCCCUUGGCUUCGAUCUCGAUGAACCACCCGAUGCUCGCUGUCCACCGGUCCUUUCCUCUCGCGUGGGCCUUGUCAGCAUCAACGCUCGUCGCGGCGCUGCUUCUUGUCAUGGUCCUGCGCAUGCCCGUGGGUGUCCCGUCGACGCGGGUCGGCAAGGUCAAUAUCGGGGUCUCGGUCUCGCCGGAGGACUACACGUCGCUGUGGGGCUGGGUUGUGUUCAGCUGGGUGUGCCCCUAGAUCAGACGCCGAAUCAGGGCUCGCACUCGACUUUGGACUUCAAAGAUGUGCGGGAGCUCAGCGCGACCCAUGUGUUGCGGGCGGUGUUCUCGACGUUCCAGCAGACAUCUGCCAUGCCCCUGUUGAUGAAAAUCGCUCGCCAACGCGCUCGAUCUCACAAUCAAGUUUCUUGGGACGCUGGUUUGCAUUGCCUUGUAUUUACCAAACCCGUAGUUCCUCAAGUCAACGUCUGCUCGACUACUGGACCAGCCGCACCUGACUCGGUCGACCGGUCGCUUGCGUAUAUCUACGCGGAGGCCAUCUUUGGGGUGGGGCUGGUGAAUGCGGAGCUGUCUGUCGAGCAUCUCUAUACAGGUAAGAUUAUGAACAUGAUGUCAACAGAUGCGGAGCAGGUGUCCACCAUGAUUUCGCGUCAACGGGACGACGGUCAUCGCCUUGCACCUCGGUUUCACCGGUCUGACGACUCUGCACGAAUCCUCCUCAAAACUGGUCCUCGGCGAGUUCGGCAACUUCUAGUCGAUCGGGACAGACGAGACUCUCUGCUCGUGGGUGGUUCGUACCUUGUGUACACUGCCACCAUCUCUGGCUCGACCCUUGGCCUUGUCGGCGAUCUCAAUGCAACCGUUCCGCUCACCGUGUUUGGCGCGUUGGGAGUGAAGCAUGUCACCUGGAACGGCGCUGCUGUGCACACUACAUCGGCCUCCGCUGGGUCAUUUGCCGGAAGCCUGGCUCCGCGAUCUGCGGCCACGAAAAUCAAGAUCCCGAAGCUGGCUGGGUGGAAGUAUGCUGAUUUGCAGCCGGAGAUCAAGUCCGCGUUCAAUGAUGCUAGGGUUAGUUAUUAG